AUUUCGGCACUCGAGAACGAUCGAUUGAAAGUAUAUAAGCCUUAGGCCUUGUUUCAUUGACCAACAGUUUGCUUUCACAGACAUUUUCAGAAUGUUCCAAUACCUGGCCCUAAUCCUGCUGGCGGCUGCCGCUUGCACUGCCAUCGCCACCAACACCAACGCCGACGACGAUGCGCAUGCCCAUGUGGAGAAGCAGUACAAGAAGGAGGACGGACACGGAAAGUUCUCUUACGGCUAUGACAUAACCAAUGGCAUCGGUGCCGGAGAGGCUGGGGACGAGCAUCAGGUCCAUGGCGAAUAUCACUUCACCUCCAAGGAGGGACUGCCCGUUAAGGUGUCGUACACGGCCGACGAGAAUGGAUAUCAUCCGCAAGGUGAUCUCCUGCCCACGCCACCACCCACACCAGAGGCCAUUCUCAGAGCCUUGGCGUACAUCGAUGCGCAUCCACGCAAGGAGGAGCCACCACGCCCUGUUCAUCCCCAUUCCCAGCCACGGUUGGUUCAUCCCCAGCCAACGCGUCCCCAUCCAACCAACCCACAGCCAAGCCGUCGGCACCACUGAGCAUUCCAGAGUGGUCCAUCGUUCUGCUCUUCUCCGUGGAGUCUCCACUCCGUUGGCGCGUUCAAAAAUUAAAAGUUUCCAACGCAAA